GUAAUUUUGGGGAGCUGUGGUAUUAACUGUAUUGGUUAUUUUGUGCGAAUUUGUGGGACAAAUGAUAACGUGAACAUUCUGAUACAGCAAAGCAUUCGCAAUAACCAAAGAGACUGUAUGCAAUGGUGCGGAUGAGUGUGUUAGCUGAUGCGUUAAAAACUAUCAAUAAUGCUGAAAAGCGUGGUAAACGACAAGUUCUAAUUCGACCAUGCUCGAAGGUAAUAGUACGUUUUCUAACUGUAAUGAUGAAAGCUGGCUAUAUUGGUGAAUUUGAAAUCAUUGACGAUCAUCGAGCUGGGAAAAUAGUUGUUAAUUUAACGGGUCGCAUCAACAAGUGCUCCGUAAUUAGUCCACGUUUCGAUAUUUCCUUGAAAGAUUUGGAAAAGUGGACAUCCAAUCUUCUUCCUUCACGCCAGUUUGGACAUCUUGUGCUGACAACCUCAGGCGGAAUCAUGGAUCAUGAAGAAGCGCGAAGAAAACAUCUUGGUGGGAAAAUUCUUGGGUUUUUCUUCUGAUUACUGUUGAGAAUCGUUUUGUGUUAUUUGUUUGUCAAAUAUGGAUUGGUAUUGAGAAUGGAAUGGAAAUAAAUUUUGUUAUUUGUU